GUACAAGUAGAUCGAGCUGAACAUGCACAUUGCUACCUAUGGCGUCCAUUUCCGGAGGCUCCUCUUUCCUCAACAUUAUCGCUAUAAGCCUUAUUGUUAGCGCUUUUGCCUCGUUAGUGAGAGGUGAUGAUCUGAGCAGGGGCCAAUACUCGACUGCUUUUCUCAACCGGAGCAGUUUUCCGGCUGGUUUCGUAUUCGGCACAGCUUCAUCAGCUUACCAGUAUGAAGGUGCUGCAAAUCUAAGUGGCAGAGGACCAAGUAUAUGGGAUACUUUCACCCACAAAUAUCCAGAUAAGAUAACAGAUGGUAGCAACGGAGAUGUUGCGAUAGAUUCAUAUCAUCGCUAUAAGGAAGAUGUGGCGAUUAUGAAGGAAAUGGGUUUGGAUGUUUACAGAUUUUCUAUCUCAUGGUCUAGAGUGCUACCAACUGGGAAAUUAAGUGGGGGUGUGAACAAGGAAGGGAUAGAAUACUACAACAACCUUAUCAAUGAACUCCUUGCCAAUGGUAUAAAGCCAUUUGUGACACUCUUCCACUGGGAUCUUCCCCAACCCUUGCAAGAUGAGCAUGGCGGCUUUAUAAGCCCCCAUAUUGUGAAGCAUUUUAAGGCAUAUGCAGAACUUUGUUAUAGGGAAUUUGGUGAUCAGGUGAAGCACUGGAUCACAUUCAAUGAGCCAAUUGCCCUUGCCGUGGCUGGUUAUGGACUCGGCGCAUUGGCACCGGGACGAUGUUCCGCUUGGAUAAACCCCAACUGCACCGGAGGGAAUUCAACGACGGAGCCAUAUCUGGUCACACAUUACCAACUCCUUGCUCAUGCAGCUGCAGUUAACUUGUAUAAGAAACAUUACCAGGAGUCCCAAAAAGGACUGAUAGGGAUAACCCUGGUGGCACAAUGGUUGGUACCAAAUACUACGGCACGGCACGACCGAGCUGCACAACUUAGAGGCCUGGAUUUUAUGCUUGGAUGGUAUAUGGACCCUUUGACAAAUGGUGACUACCCUAAGAGCAUGAAAUCUCUUGUCGGAGACCGAUUGCCUAAGUUUAAGAAAGAGCAAUCCAAAUUGCUGAAAGGAUCGUUUGACUUUAUCGGAUUGAACUACUACACUUCUAACUACGUCUCCGACGCACCCCAGCUAGUUAAAGUCGUCAAUGCAAGCUUCAUGACAGACUCUCUUGCUACUAUGUCACCCCUUCGAAAUGGAAUCCCUAUUGGUCCAAAGGCUGCCUCAGAGGACCUCUAUAUUUAUCCGAGAGGAAUCAGGGAUAUUUUGCUCUACACAAAGAGAAAGUAUAACAAUCCGCUUAUUUAUAUCACAGAGAAUGGCGUUGAUGAGUUUAAUGAUCCCAAAUUAACACUUGAGGAAGCCCUUGCUGACAACCAAAGAAUUGACUACCACUUCCGCCAUCUCUAUUACCUCCAAGAAGCGAUCAAAGAUGGUGUUAAUGUGAAGGGCUACUUUGCAUGGUCAUUUUUGGACAACUUUGAAUGGACAUUAGGUUACACUGUUCGGUUUGGCAUCAACUAUGUCGAUUAUAAAGAUGGGCUGAAAAGAUACCCUAAACACUCAGCAUUAUGGUUCAAGAAUUUCCUCAAGAAGUAUUGAGAGUUGAGAGAUAUGAAAAAUUUUAAUAUACCAUAUGGUAUAGCAUGCUAGUAGCGUGUUAUUUUAAAGGUGUAAUUGUUCUCAUGGACAUGAAUUAGUUUGCAUAAAAGGUUAAAGUUUCUUGUUCAGGGAGUUUAGGCUAUCAAUGUGCUUGGAUAAUAUGAGGUUGCUUAUGGAGGACGUACUGUUUAGGUUAUUUUUUGUGGGUCUGUUAUUUUGGCUUUAUGCUGAAGAUUCUCGCAAACUGUCAAAUACUAUGUUGUUAGGUGCCUCUCUCCUUUCAGCUUGAUUGAUUGAUGAUUGAUGAUUUGCAGAAGAAAG